AUGACGACAACUACCGGUCAAGUUACAAAAACGGGUGAAUUAAAAACUUCAACAGCUCCCGCUUCAAAAGGCUCAACAACGGCAAGUACAAUAACAACAACCACCAAAAGCUCCUCUACAAUCGUCGUGAUAGUUGUGAUUGCUGUUAUUCUGAUCAUCAUUGUCAUUGGAGUUUCUGUCUACUUUUUUGUCAUAAGGAAGAAGCCUGAUAAGAAGGCAAAAGAUCCUGAGGGAGGUGAUGAGUCAAAAGGAGAUGCUGAAGAAGAGGGUGAUAAGAAGGAAGAAGAUGGUAGAGGGAAAGAAGAGGAUGAGGGUGAUAAGUCUAAAGACGACGAGGAAGACGGUGAUAAGUCUAAAGAAGAUGAAGAAGAAGAUGACAAGAAAGAAGUAAAGGGUUCGGAGUCAAAAACGGAAGGCGAAACCAAAGAAGAAGAACAGACGGGUGCAACAUCGGUUGAUACUGAAGCGAAGAAAGAAGGCGAAACAAAUGAAGUCGAAAGUUUGUCGCCAGAAGAAAAGAAGAUUGAGGAUGAGAUAUAUAAAGUGUGA